AUGAUUUUAGCAUUACUCACAAUCGUUUUUGUGGUAAAUGGGUCGUGGGAAGUUUUUUCAGACGAAGACGUCCUUGGGUGGGACAACAUAAAUUACAAAACGAAAGAAGAGGCCGUUGCUGCGCUUCACAAAGCCGAAAACGAAACGAAAACGCUUGAAAACACAACAAAAGAGAAGAUCAAAAAUCUGAACGCCAAGAACAACGCCCCUAAUGCAACCUCCACAGAAAAGCGACAAAACAGAAACAAGAAAAGAACACUUUCAAGAAAGCUCAAAGAAGCUCGUGUGAAACUUUUGAAUUACAAAAAUCUCGUCAAAAACUUUUGA